AUGUCAAGUCUGAAGAUGAGCAUGUGGGUCCUGGAGAGGAGCAUGCGGCUGGAGUGUAAAUGCCACGGUGUGUCUGGAUCCUGCACCACCAGAACCUGCUGGAUGACCCUCCCCAAGUUUCGCGAGCUCGGCUACAUCCUCAAAGACAAAUACAGCCAUGCCGUCCACGUGGAGCCGGUCAAAGCCACGCGCCACAAGCGGCCCACUUUCCUCAAGAUCAAAAAGCCCUACUCGUACCGCAAGCCCAUGGACACGGAUCUGGUGUACAUCGAGAAAUCACCCAGCUACUGCGAGGCGGACCCCGUGACGGGCAGCGUGGGCACUCAGGGCCGGGUGUGCAAUAAGACGCUGAUGCACCAUCCCAACGGCUGCGAGCUGAUGUGCUGCGGCCGCGGAUACAACACACACCAGUAUUCACGAGUCUGGCAGUGCCACUGCAAGUUCUUCUGGUGCUGCUACGUCAAAUGCAACACUUGCAGCGAGAGGACAGAGGUGUACACAUGCAAAUGAGCGAUGCUUAUGGAAAAGGUAAGGGUCUUUCAUCCUGACAUUAAAAGAUGACUCAAUCAGGAGGCAUUUGUUCUUUUGCACAAGACCUUACUUCAGACUCACUCUGAUGGAAAAUCGUCAAGAUUGUCAAAGCUUUACUCUGGAGAAAGAAUUGCGUGAGAAGGAACGUGGAACUAAAAGUGUAAAUGACUGUACCUUUGAUGCCACACAGCUUUGCUCGCUUUCUUCCAUAAACCCUGAAGCUGUCUGGAUUAAAAGAAGGCUCUCUGUAAAACCCAUAACAACGACCUGCACCUUGAUUGUACCAAUGGAGCUACUGAGACAUGGAUGUCUUGCAGGCAUGCAGCGAAAUUGACAAAUAGAGCAAAACAGCAGGGUUCCAGAAGUAGAGGAGAGGACUUUCUUUUAUUUUUUUGCUACAAAUCAACC